AUGCUAAGUGAAGAGAAGACGCCUAUUCUGUUGGUCGAGGAUGAAGGGAGGUCUAUUACAGACCACUUAGGUCGCUCUGGCUUUGCUGUGCUGCUCAGCGGUGUGAUAAUGUCUGCCUUGCUGCUGGUGGGCUUUCAAGGCUCAAAUACAACCGCAAGUAGCGCGCUUCAAGAUAAAUUUCUACCCUCCUCUGAAGUUGACAACGUGCUCAAUACUGGAGCAAGACCGACGAACUUAAUCGAGCAAUGCGAUGAGAAGUUCUUCACACAGACACUAGACCACUUCGACGUCGGAGCGCCAACCUACCAGCAACGAUACUUCGUCUGUGACAACCACUUCAAACCCGGAGGCGUCAUGUUCUUCUAUGUGGGCAAUGAGGCCGACGUCGAGCUGUACUUGAACCACACAGGCCUCAUGUGGGAGAACGCCGACGAGUUUGGUGCCAUGCUCGUGUUCGCAGAGCAUCGGUACUUUGGCAAGUCGGUACCGUUUGGCAAGGACGUGACGAAGCACAUGAAAUAUCUGUCGACGGAGCAGGCGCUGGCAGACUACGCAGUGUUGAUCACGUACUUGAAGACUGAGUGGAAGCUUGAUAUCCCUGUAAUUGGGUUCGGUGGCUCGUACGGCGGCAUGUUGGGGUCUUGGUUCCGCAUGAAAUAUCCUCAUAUCAUUGACGGCGUCAUCGCAGCUUCCGCCCCCAUCUUGUCGUAUUUCGGCGAUGAAGUAGCUCAUGACCUUGGUGGGUAUGCGCAAGUGGCGACGUUCACUGCAUCACCAGCCGCUGGGUCUGCCGAAAACUGCGUGUCUAACAUCCGUCGAGCUUGGCCAGCAAUGAAAGCCCUCGGUAAGACUACCGAUGGCCGUAGAAAGCUGAAACAAGCGCUAUCACUUUGUGCCGAUACACCAUUGGACACUGAAGAGGACAUUGAUGUGUUAAUGGAGUGGGCGAGAGAUUCUUUCUAUUCCAUGGCUAUGGGCAACUACCCGUAUCCGUCGUCGUACAUCAUGAACGGAGUCAGCGAGCUGCCUGCCUACCCCAUGCGUGUAGCUUGCUCCCAUUUACACGACGCUUUCGACGACACUGAAGAGGGCGAACUGGAGCUGUUAAGGGCGUUUUCGAAGACAGUUGGAGUAUACUACAACAGCACCGACGACAAGGAAUGUUUCCAGCUCAGCGCACCGUCAGAUGAGGACGCGAUGGACAGCAACUUUUGGGACUAUAUCUACUGUGCGGAGCUGUACGGGCCCACCACCACGGACGGAGUGAAGGAUAUGUUCUGGAGCGCACCGUGGAACUUCUCUACGGACAAUGCAAGCUGCCACGCCGAGUGGGAUAUCGAUGCUCGUAUCAUGUGGCCGACAAUUCACUACGGUGGACGCCGCUUCUUGGAAGUUUCAAGCAAUAUCGUCUUCAGUAAUGGGAACUACGAUCCGUGCUCAGCCACGGGCGUGUUGCAGAACUAUUCGGACUCGGUGGUUGCCGUGCAUAUCGAAGGUGGCGCUCACCACCUUGACCUCAUGUUCAGCAACGCACUCGACCCACAGCCGCUGAAAGCAGCUCGAGCCACCGAGAGGCGGCACAUGCACAAAUGGACGAAUGAAUUUUACGCUCGCAAGGCCGUGUUAGAAACCGAAAAGCCGUAG